AUGAAAGGUGUGGAAUGUGGACUUUAUAUGGGUGCCUGCUUGGCCUCAGAGCUGUCGUUUCUACAGGAACCCCGAGAUGUGAUUGCAGUGAGGGAUCGCUCGCUCAUGUUGGACUGCAGCGUGCAGGGCGAGGAGCCCGUCCAGAUCACCUGGCGAAAAAACGGCGUGCCUUUGACCACCACUCCACGGAUUCAGGUUCUGGCAAAUGGCACCCUGUUGAUUCACAGCUUCCAGAAACGAAAAGAAGGCAGUGACGCUGAUAUGGGAGAGUACGACUGCGCUGUUCAGAGUCGCUAUGGCAUGCUGGUCAGCCGCAAGGCCAAAGUUCUCUUGGCAUCGCUUCCUAAAUUCCACACACACCCAAUGUCCAUGGCAGUGGAUGAGGGAGGAGUUGCACGAUUCCAGUGUCAGAUCAAUGGAAUACCUGAGGCCAACAUCACCUGGGAGAAAGACAGAGUGCCACUGAGUACUAGUGACAAAAGAUAUACUCUUCUACCAAUGGGGAUCCUUCAGGUGACAGGUGUGAGACAGUCCGAUGUCGGGGUCUUCCGUUGUAUGGCCACCAAUAUUGCAAACACUAGGUAUAGCCAUGAGGCCAUUCUCAACGUGACUGGUGGAGCUUCAAGAACCUACAAGGAGCCAGUCAUUCUGUCAGGACCCCAGAAUCUAACCAUCACUGUACAUCAGACCGCCAUCUUGGAAUGCAUCGCCACAGGAAACCCAAAGCCUAUAGUUUCUUGGAGCAGACUAGAUGGCCGCUCAAUUGGAGUGGAAGGGAUCCAGGUUCUGGGAACAGGGAACCUGAUGAUCUCAGAUGUUUCUCUGCAACACUCUGGUGUGUACGUGUGCGCUGCCAACCGGCCGGGUACCAGGAUGAGGCGUACAGCGCUUGGCCGACUUGUGGUACAAGCCCCUCCGGAAUUCCUGCAGUGGCCGCAAUCUGUUUCCAAACCAGCAGGAGGCAGUGCCGUGUUCACUUGUGUGGCUCAGGGUGUACCAGAGCCUCACCUCAUCUGGUUGAAAAACGGAAAGGUUUUAAUGCCUGGACAGAACGUCAAGUUAACCAAUAACAACAGUACUUUGGCUCUCACUCGUAUCGGCUCUGAGGACGAGGCCAUCUACCAGUGCAUCGCUGAGAACAGCGCCGGCACAAACCAGGCCAGCGCCCGACUCGCUGUGGCCCAAGCUAAAGACCUGCCGGCCGCUCCCGAGGGCCUCGCGGUCAAUGUGCUGUCCACUAGCGCCUUGCAGAUUUCAUGGAGCCAGCCGCCCGCAGAAGUCACUGAGGGUAUCAUUGGUUAUGUGCUGCAUAUCCGCAAAAUUGGAGAACCAGAUGCUUUGGAGCUACAAGAAGCCAUCAGCAAAGGAGCCUUUCAACAUGAUGUGAACAACCUGGAUCCAGCCACUACUUACUCCCUUUACCUGAAGGCCUAUUCCCCACUUGGAGCUAGUCAGCAGUCUCGCACUGUGGUGGCAACAACACUAGGUGGCGUACCGACCACUCCCACUUUCUUCACCAAAGUGGUGAAUUCCAGUGCUGUUCAAGUACUGUGGGAGCUCCCUAGCAAGGCAGGUAAAGCUGAGGGCUUCAGGUUGUCCUACCGCAGGGUCCCCAGUGCUGAUUUCCAGGGACCUAUCCAGCUGCCCUGUCACAUCAAUGCCCACGUCGUCGCAGAUCUGGAACCAGGUGCAGUGUAUGAAGUCAAACUGGUGGCCUACAAUGGAAAUGGGGAGAGUGACUGCUCUAAGAGACUUGUCUCAUUGGCAGAUGAAGGCACCACUGCCCAAAACACUGGCGAGAACUCACCGUGUCAGUGCAGGGACGGAGAAGCCUCUCUGGGCAGCAUUGUUAUCGGCAUUCACAUUGGUACGGCCUGUAUUAUCUUCUGCGUCAUUUUUCUCAUGUUUGGAUAUCGCCGCAGUCUGUUUUGCGGUAAAGGGACUCAGGACAGCUGGUCUGUACCAAAUGACAACACAGGACACAAUGGCAUCCACAAGGAGGCAACAAACCGUCCUAGGAUGGAGCCGGUGCCGCAGCAAGCGGUUUCCCCGGCACAAUGCCAAGUGGUCAUUGAGCAACACUCAUCGGGUCUUCCUGGCACUGGCACAGGCUAA